GAAAAAGUACGAAUAUUGAAAGGGAAGGGGUCGGAUGAGGUGAUGUUGUCCAUUCCAUGUGGGGUGUGGAUGGCGUGGUUGGAAGAAGUCAAUGAUGGCAUCUGGCAUUCUGCAAUGCAAUAUAUUGUCAGUGGAAGAAGCAUAAUAAUCCUUUUUUAAAGAGAAUUUGACUUUGCGUUAUUCAAAUGAGGUUUAAUUUACACAGAAAGACGCGUGCACCAAAGCUGUUGCUGUAGCUCCCAUUGCCAGAAAGAAUAAUCAAAAGUUAUUACACCCUUACAAGCAAAGCAAUCUCUAAUCUCUAUCCACCCCCUUGUCCCUUCAGAUGCAUAUCCUCAUUUCAAAAUUUCCAAGUCAAACAGGCCAAUUUAAACAAACAAAUACCCCAACGGGGGGUUAUAUUAUUUGAACUAUAACAAAGAAGCAACAGAAAUUGAUGAUCAUGUUUAAGGCUGAAAAAGGCUCAUAUAUCAUAUAUGAUACAGCAUUCAAUGUUGACCGUCACAAUAUAUUUUGAAUGUAUUAACAGAGGUAAAUCCAAUCCCAGAAAUCAAUUGCUACUGGCUUAUGUGUAUCAGAAAAACAAACAAACAAACGAACAAAGAAAAAGCUAAAACUAAAAAGUAAGGUUGGUUUGGUUUGGUUUUUCGUCAAUAUCAGCAAUGAGGAUGAGAAGAAUCCCUAAAACAGGAGACGGGAAGAUGGUGGUGGUGGUGGUGGUCAUGGUGAAUAAUGCCCUGAAGGGUGCGAAAGUCGUCGACAGGGCAAGGAAUGGAGAUGGGUCCUUUCUGAUCAAAGCCAUACUCGUCCUCGGCCUCCUUCAAGAGCUGGACAAACAAAGGAUGGUUGACAUAAAUAACAGGAAUCACGAACCGCUGUUGCUCUUGGCCAACAAGAAUGGCCAAACAUCCCUUGGGAGUCUCCACCUUGUUCCGAUGGUGGUGAAAGUGAGGGAAAUGAAUGUGGAAAUGGAAAUUCAGAUGGAGGAGGUGCUGAUGAUGCUUGUCACCGCCGCUGCCGCUGCCGAACCCCAUCGGAAGAAGCUGAAGGCAAAGGAAAGUGCUAAAGAGAAAAGGGCCAAGGGUGGUAUGAGGAGAUUGCGAGGGUGAAGAGAGUGAAAGAGGAGCGUGUGAAGGAAGAUGGGAUAUUGCUCAUUGACGCUUCUUCUUCACCCUAGUUAACAUAUACGAUUAAUUACAACGCAGAGGAACGAAGCAUUUAGGAGCUGCGGA